AAAUCACAGAACUGAACUGGAGCUCAAGCUGGCAGUGGCACGUUGGAAAUCGUCUCUUUCCCCACUAGCAGACCUAUCGUGAAAAUGCUGCUGCGUGUCUCGUUUGGCGGAGUGCAGAUGUACAUCAAGCUGCCUGAACUAACAUUCGGUGAUUUCUUGAGAAGUGAGUCUAAAAUUUAACAUUGCUGAAGACAGACGGUUGGACAUCAAGGUUUAUGACCAGUCUAACACAGAGGUCGACUCUGAGGUUUUUGAGGAGAUCGUACAAGAGUUCCAUGGACCUUUCCUAAUUUCAUUGGCCAAUGAAGCACCUGGUAAUUGCUGCCUACCUGCAUAAGACUACACACACAUCGUUGAAGUGGAAGUGUUGAACUAUGUAAUUGUGUUCUUAUUUCCCAAUGCUCAGGUAACCCUCAGUCCACGUCAUCUCCAUGCUCUAUUGCAUCUGAAGACACAGUGAUCCUCAACUUCUCCUUGUGUGACCCAGCUGAGGAGCCAGUUGCAGCCGAAGGAAGUCAACCUAAAAGGCCUUGCCGCAUUAACUAUGAAGCAAAAGCUCUGAUUGAAACAAUCUUGACUACAAAGCCUGGAGGUGACCGUGUCAUGGAGGAGUAUGCGAAAACAAAAUCAAUUACAGAUUCAACCAGAAGACAGCUCAUCAACAUACUUACUGCAGAGAUGAUGGAAACACAUGGGACAUCUCCGCCCCGGAGUGUAAAAGUGAUGUAUGCACAGGGGAUUGUCGCUCUGUUUCCAUACCUUGAAGACCCAUAUUCACAGAAUGGCUAUGAACAUUACUACGAUCCUGAAAGUGGUUCAGGCUACAUUGCAUGGUGGUUGAAGACAAUUCAACGAAAAGCUGCUGAGGAAAGAGGUCCUGCAGUUAGUAAAUCUCCUAAAGUUGGUGGGCCAGGCCAUGGGCGUACUAGACCCUUUACUGCCGACAGAGUCCUGACUGACGAGGAAGUGGAAUGCGCUAUCGCUUUGUUGAGACACACUGCUGAUGAGGAGACCAUCCGUGAAAAGAUUAAAGUAACUUUCGUAUACCGCCACACCAUGGUCAAUGAUGAGAACAAAUCAGCAGAGGUCUUCUCAGUAUUUCCACGGUUCCUAGACACACCAGGACUGAUAGAACAAGAUUUUAGAGUGAUGUUUGGUGAGCAGACUGCCAACAAGUUCCUGGAGAGGUGGCCUACCACUUUCAAAGCAGGAGUCAUUAAGGAAAGCCAUGGACUGGUCCCCUCCACAGACCUUCUUGAUUUAAUGCGCAAUGCUGAGACAUCUACUGAAGUUGAAAAAGACGGGAACAAGCGUGCAGCAGCAUCUUGACAACAUCGCUCAAAGCAGUCAGCCCUACCUCCUUGCUCAGGGACCCACAAAAAGCAGCAUUCACUCUUUCUUCAUUGCCAUCGACAAGCAUGCACUUCCAUGCCAAGCCACCAGCUCGGUUGGAACCCUGGAUGAGCUCUUCAAGGCCCACUAUGUGUUUGGUACAUCUUACAGUCCUGUCUUGAACAACUUUUUCACUUUUCUGCAAACUUCCAUUUACAACAUUGACAUGGGGAAAACUAAGGAAACACCAAGAAUUGCAGAGUUGCGAGCAAGAAUGGUGCGUUAGGCACUCUUGAAAUUAAACAAUGAGGUGCUUUCUUUGCAGCAAUGUCUUUGGUGAAGCAAACAAUCUAGUAAAGCACCUCAAAGUAAUACAUG